UUUGGUGAUCUCAUGUUCCCAUACAUCGUGGGCGAAAAUAUAUUUUCCUAAAUCCAAAUUUGGUUCGGGAUUAAGAAAACGUGAUAAAAACUCGAUAUUCGUAUCCUUCUUGGAUAAAAUAAAUAUUUUUUAAAGAAGAUCAGAAAUGUCUGAAGAAAUUCCUAAAAAGCUGCAGGCGGAGGUCGAAAAAUUCAAGCAAGUGCAAAAAGAUUAUCACAAAGCCCUUACCAAGCGGCAACAAUUGGAUGGUCAAUUGAACGAAAACACGACCGUGAAGGAAGAAUUGGACCUUUUAAAAUCCGGAAACGAGGUUUAUAAACUUAUAGGUCCCGUUUUGGUUAAACAGGAUUUGGAAGAGGCGAAACAAAACGUUGCAAAACGAAUGGAGUACAUUUCUGCCGAACUAAAACGUACAGACGAGUUGAUUUCAACUCUGGAUAAAAAACAGGAGACUCAUCGCGAGACUUUGGAGAAGUUGCAACAAUCGUUUCAACAGGCGCAGAGGAAAGUAAAGGCGUAAAUCUAAAUUUUAUUUUUAAAAAAAUUUUAAUUUCUUGUUAUACAACCUUUAGUAAUGCAGCUCCUUUGAAUUUCAUCUCAUUUUUACAAUAAAUAAGAGU